AUGAGAGGAUCGAAGGGACCUCACUUCAAAGCAUCCUUCAAAGGGCAAUAUCCUUAUAAACAUCAACACCCACCACAGUUUUAUCACAAACAAAAAAUUGGCUAUGGAGCCCCUCCUAAAUGGAAACAUAGUGUACAUUUUCGAUAUGACCCAAAUGAGCAUGACCAAUAUGAGUAUGAGUCAAAUGAGUAUGGAUCAAAUGGUUAUAGACCAAACGGUCAUGGACGAAAUGGUCAGGGACCAAAUGGACAAGACCCAAAUGAAAUGGAUUCAGAGGAGUAUGAGCAUUAUGGUCAUGGAUAUAAUGGACGUUCCCGCCCAAUGGAAGGCAGAAACAAGAAUAAUUAUCAGCAAACCCCAAGAAUAACAACAAAAAUAUCAAUGAAUAUCAAAAAUCAUCGAAAGGAAACUAACAAAAAUGAGGCUAAACGUUCCCGAGGAACGGUCCGAUUUAAUUUGGAAAAUGAAAUAAAUCUUGGGGAGGAAAAGGAAAAUCAGAAGGAAAUAAAUGAAAAAUCAGAAAAGGAAAAAACGGAAGAUACAAAAGCAAAAGAAGCAUCAGAACAAAAGGAAGUAAAAAAAGAAAAGGAAGAGGUAAAGUAA